GUCGUUGAUCCAGAGAACCAAGUGUCUCACCAGUUCAGCAAGAGAUCCGACACCAAGGCUGCGCAACAAUGUCUACUGUCGGAGGAGACCACGAUGGGCCUGAUGACACCAUGGAGGGUAUACGAGAAACAGGGCAUAUCGAGAGAGAGUCAAGCGGAAGCUCGGUCCAAACACACCAACAAUCAACAGUCGUCAAUGUGACGGGCAUUAAUGAUAAUGGCCCCGAACAAGUGGAUGCGGAGCUGUUGAGGCCUCGAGUCAAGGAACGCAUUGAAUCGAGCUUAGGUUCCCUGAAGGCAAUGGAAAACCGUCUUCGAAAUCUCUCUCGAAAGGUUGAAUCAAUCGAAUCUGGAGAUGAGAUGGCCUCAAUCGAAAUGACAAUACAGCAGCAACAAGAAGACUACAGUCGUCUCCAGGUGUCACUUGAAACCCUUCGCCCCAACCUUCAGGACGAGAAUGCCGACGGCAGAAGAUUACAAUCACCGGCAACGCGGGGCCGUUCAAGGAGAAGAUCAGGGCAUCCAGGCUCAGGCUCAAUCCGGAGCAGCUCUUCUCAGAGUAGCCGGGGCUCGGUUUCUACGACAGACUCCUAUUACCGGAGUGGGAUUUGUACCCCAAAGCUCAAUUAUGGUCCUUGGCUGGAGAUUGCAAGCGACUCCCGAGGACAUGAGUAUUUUGCAAUCGACAUUCCCUCUAAUGAGCCAACGAGGGCUGAACUCCAAGCCACCAAAGACUUUCAGCGUCAACAGCAUGAUCUUCAUCGACAAGCUAUUCCUAUCGUACCUGAUCAGACUCAGCUCCCUGAGAGGAUUCGAGUGAACUCUAAUCGUCUGAUGAGAUUCAUUCUAUCUGCAGCUGAAGAAGGCAUCUCGCGGCCUAUCAACUCAACGCAAUCGCUACAUAUUCUGCGGCCUUUCAAAGUCCUGCUUACACUCGGAGGCAGGCUUCAAAACCUUAUCAAUAUGCUUGAGAGUGCACGCAAAAUACAGCAAGACGCAUCUGAAGAAGAAUAUCUUGCACAGCUCAAUGACGCUAGCCUCGAGACAGUCUUGGACGAACUUGUAGCAGCCGAUCCGAGUCAUGAUCCUCCUACAGACAUCCGGGAGUUGACAGCCUAUAUUCUUGAUCUCCGAUGUUUGCAAGAGUUUAUGCAAAAGACGCUACAACCCCAGGUCGAACGUAUUACCAACAUGACUGAGCCUAUCAGGUUCUCUGAACUUUGGUAUAUCUUCCCCGAAGGCUCUUUGAUUAUCUCAAGAGAUCACAGAGUUCUACAGAAAGUCUGGAAAGUAAUGGGACGCGGUGGCGGCCGCUGGUCGCGUUCGCGUCCCGGCUUUGAAAUUCCCGUGACCAACGACUUUAAUCAUUUCUUCAUCGAAUGCUUCUGCCUUGAUUUCGACGGAGACCGAUUUGUUCCAGUUUGGCAGUUUUUCACGAUUCCUGAGUUCGAGGGUGUCCAGGAUAUCAUGAACUUGCUAGUUGUCCCAAUCAAAGCGGCUGAAAGAGAUCAGUCGCUUUUUGACCGGGGGGCAGUCCAGGCACGCGGCAAAAAGUUCAUGGAACUUGCCUCUAAUGGAGCCCGGCAUCGUCACUUCUCCGGAAGAAGUCUCCAUCUCACGCUCAAAGGCCAAAAGCUAGCUGCAAUGGGAAGAGAAGCACCUAAAAGUGCGUUUGAACAUGCAGAAAGAAUCGACAGUGAAGUCAUCGUCGACAUGGCAAAAGCCCUCGAGGAAGUUCCGACAUGGCUUGCUGUCCCAGAACAUCGAAUGAAGUCGCCAAGUACAGCUGGCGAGCUGGCGCCGGUUUUCAAUAAACGACAGGGAUCGGCUCUCAGGGAUACUGAUACAGGCAGUCAGACAUUCAUCUUCUCGGAACGACGCAAAUGGAGACAAUGGGAAACUGUUACAUAUACACCAUCUGGUGAUGAUCAAUUGCUCUUACCCAAUAGAGUAUUCGCUUUCAUCUUACGAAACAGAAAGUGGGCAUGUCUCCCAAUUGUCCAUGAUAUCCGUGGAAACGAUCUUCUUCUACCAAUCUCAAAUCCUCCGGAACCAUGGGACGAUCUUGAGCUACCCACCGGUCACAAAGAGCUUGUACAAUCUCUAAUCAGUUCCCACUUUUCCCAAGACACUACACGCAGAAUGCACUUGGACCUUGUGAAAGACAAAGGCCGAGGGGUCAUCAUAUUGCUACAUGGCGUGCCUGGUGCAUACAACCGGCCCUUGCUACCUAUUACAUGCGGUGAUCUGGGCCUCGAGCCAUAUGAAGUUGAAUCAAAACUACAAGAGAUAUUUCGUCUAGCUCACGCUUGGGAUUGCGUACUACUUCUCGAUGAAGCAGAUAUAUUUCUUGCCCAGAGAACUACUACCGACAUGCAACGGAAUGCUCUGGUAUCCGUAUUUCUACGCGUUCUAGAGUACUACGAGGGUAUUCUUUUUUUGACCACCAAUCGGGUUGGGACAUUUGACGAAGCCUUUAAAUCUCGUAUCCAUAUGUCGCUCUACUAUCCACCACUCUCAGAGCAUCAAACAGCAAGAAUUUGGAUUAGCCACAUCAGGAAGGUGAAGGCGAACGGUGUACAGAUUGAUGAACAAGAGGUCCGGAAAUUUGCGAGGCAAAUAUGGGUCAUCCAAGGACUUCCAGAGCGAGGGCCUGUUUGGAACGGGCGUCAGAUUCGCAACGCUUUCCAGAGUGCUAUUGCACUUGCAGGCUACCACACCCAGACGGGGCAGCAAAUUCAUCUGACAGUGGAGAACUUCCGUCGCGUCGGAGAGGUUUCGGAUCAGUUCAGUCGGUAUAUCUACAAGACGAAGCUCAGUCAGACGGAUGCAGACCUCAACCGCAAUCAUGGAAUCCGUCGUGACGAAUUUGGGCGUGACCCGGGCACACGGCCAGCGGCUCCCUGGGUAGACAGUCAAGUUGUUGAUCCGUUCUUACCAGCCAACUCUGCUCUUCAGCCGCAGAGACCGAAUGUGCAGUUUGGAGGAUCGACGCAAGCGGCAGGAUUUCAAGCCGUCACACAAGACCCUUUUCAUCAAUCGGUGUACUCGACCUCUCCUUGGCAACAUGAAACAACAACGCAGCCCCAUCAGCAACAGCAUCAGCAACAGUCGCAUCAAGGAUUCCUACAACAGCAGCCUUCGUCUACGCAGAUACAGGUCCCAAGCCAGCAGAUGUUCCCUCCGCAGCAAGGGACCCAGCCUCAAAUACAUCAGCAGUCACAGCCGACGUAUCCUCAAAAUGGUCUUGUAGCGGGUUCCGUCCCGAACAACUAUGAACAGCAAACGCCUCGGUCAUUGCCUCAACAGGCGGAGUAUGGCACCACCCAUCAACCAGCCUCCCAUACACAGAUGCCCGGCAACCCCAAUUUCCAGGGCCCCACAGGUUCGUCGCCAUGGGAAAUGUCUUGAUCGCGCCC